AUGGGAAGUAUUACAGAUGUUUACUCCUCUGUCUGCAAAGAACUAAAACUACGAACUAAUCGAUACAUUUUAGAAGUCCUGCAAGAGACGGAGGGGAAGACGGGAGACAUCACACUCAAACUGACUGGGAACGACAGGCUGAGAAAGGUAGAACAAGUGACCAACAAAGAUGCUCUCGCUCUGUCCAGAACCCUCCGAGACAACGACUCAGUGACAGGUCUGGACUUGAGGUACAACUGCAUCACAGACGAGGGGGCGGGACACCUCGCUGACCUCCUCAAGUCUAAUGAUGCCCUCCUGUCUCUGAGGCUGACUGGUAAUAAGAUAGGGAAUGGAGGAGCCAUGCACUUCGCCAGCAUGCUGCAGGUCAACUCUACACUACAGGAGCUGGACGUGGCCGACUCUGACCUGGGGACUCAGAGUGUGAUAGCGUUUGCCAUCGUCUUGAACAACAACAAGAGCCUCCGAUCUGUCAACAUCAGCAGACCUCUACUCUUCAGCCACCAGGAGGAAACAGCGGUCCAUCUGUCAGGUAUGUUGGUGGUUAAUCAGUGUCUGAGGGAGCUGCACCUGGGAAAGAUGGGCAUGACUGACUGUGGAGUGGAGAGACUCACUGACGCCCUGAGAACCAACUACACCCUCAAAUACCUGGACUUACGCUGUAACCAUGUGACUCGUGAUGGGGCGCGGUGUCUAGCAAAGGUCCUGAAGAACAAUGGAACCUUGGAGAUUCUGGACCUGGCGUUCAAUCGCAUCGAAGACGAUGGCGCCCUCUACCUCAGCCAGGCUAUCGCCCUGCCCACCUGCAACCUCAAAGCGUUGUCUAUCCCCAGUAAUAACAUAGCUACUGUUGGUCUGGUGUCUCUGUCUCGGGCCAUGCAGGCUAACAACACUCUGACACACAUCUACAUUUGGGGGAACAGAUUGGAGGAGCCUGUCUGUCAGGCUUUCAGUGAUCUGCUGUCCAGUGGUCGUCUGUCGUCGGAGCAGACCGAUGUGUGUGUGUACGAGGUGGACGGGUGUGUGUGUCUGGCUGAGGUCUUCCAUGGGCUGAAGAGGCACUACUACUGGACACCCAGCUACGGACAGGAUGUAAAUCCUGCUAGCAAUGCAGCUGUGACCCUCACAAAUACACAACUCUAUCCUAACUAACUCCUCACACACACCCUAAACCCUUAAUAAUACUACCCAC